AUGGAAACAUAUCCAAACAUCAUAUCUUCGAUUUCAAAUAACGACAUGGAUCUCCGAUACGAUGUCAUUAGCUACUAUGAUGAUUAUAUCCUCGAUCCAAGUUCGCCAUCUCAACAGCAUGGAAUGGAUACAUCAGCAAUCACCUAUACACAGCAGAUCAACGGUCAUGAACGUCACGGACAUGAGACUGCGAACAAUACGCAACACACAAAUACGAACAACACGAGUGUUAAUGGGCACGUUGAGAGCCAUAUUGGUGGACACCAUGUCUCUCAACAAGUGCCUACACACGUAAACGUCUCUCAUGGGAACAUGAUCCAUCCACAUUAUGACAUAAGUGUACAUGAUACGUAUGGAGUGAAUAGGGGCAUGCUGCCUACGCCCGAGGGACAUGAUGGGAUAAUUGUGGGGGAUUAUUCUCUAAUGACAAACGAUGCAUUCAAUCUAGACGGCUCAGAAUUUACGGAAGAUGGGUUUUUUCUCAAAAGCUCCGGUUCCAACGUUCUCAACACUUCUUCACCAACUUACGCAGAUUAUGCACACUACCUCUCCCCACAUAGUUCACCAACUUUACUUCCAGAUGAACAAUAUUCAUUGUCUUCAGAUAUCGCACCUGCAAGUCUCAACCACACAGUCCAACCAACAGCCAUCCAUCAGGGCCCGCAGAAAAAUAAUGCGAGAUCAAUCUCUACUGCUCGCUCUAAUUACAGAUAUAAUUUGGCUAAAGAUAACAACGGGUCUACCGACCGACCUGCUGCAUUGGCAGGGAGGGGAACAAAGCGAACGUCGCAAGACGGACACGAUGGUAAAAGACGACGAGUUGGGUUAAACGUUGUUGGCCAAACUGAUAUGCAGAUCGAUAGGCAGAUCAAUAUGAGAGAUAACAGUCAGAUGCAGGAACUAGAGAUGCAUCAAGGACGUGAGCAAGAUCGCAAUCCUGGCUCACAAGUUCAACAAUAUCUUCCUCUUUCGUCCACCAUUCAAAUUCCAUCAGUUGCUGCUGUAUCCUCUCAGUCAGCGCAGAAUACCUCUCCUCAAUUUCGCGCAAUUGCAUCUUCCCGCUCCGUCUCAUCUUCCUCUUCAUCAUCGCCAAUAGCUUCUACGCCUACAUCAGUUCGCUCUCAAGAUAGUUCAUUGAUCCAUUCUGAUCAGAUGCCUACUCUAAAUCUCGGUGACAAUCUUGUAUCAUCCUUUGAUCUAUCCCAACUUGUUGGGCCAAGAAUAGCGGAUGGGCCGAGCGUGAGCAAUGUCGGGGAAAAAGUUGAUCCAAUUACCCCAGCGACUAUAAUGAAAUUGAGAAGUGGGAGAGCUGAAAGCGGUAAUAAUGAAGGAAACGGCUCAGCUGGUGUAGUGUCACCCAAAGGAAUUUCAGAUGGAAAGAAUAAAGGAAAUAAACAAAAGAACGGAACAAAUGCAGGCAGUGGUAAUAAUAACAGUGUUACAACGACAACGUCGUCUAAUCAAGCGAACGCCACUCGCUCACCAGUCCAAUCAUCAAAUCAGCAAGCCAUACAACCUGCUCAAUCUUCGUCUCCAACGCAGAAACAAUCACAAGUAUACGUCCAACAGCCAGCACUUGUAGUCCACGCGUCGUCCGCCAACACAACAUCCAUAAAUGGACAACCUGUUAUAGUAAUUCCAUCUGGAAUAAUCUCACCCGCUCUUGCUCCAUCCGUUGCAAUGUCUCCUACGAGCAAUAUGUCAGGGAUCAACGUGUCUAAUUUAGGUAACGUUCACGUCAUAAGAGGUUCUCCGGUCGCUUUGGGUCCCAAGAGUCCACAAUCGAUGAAGACAGUCAGCCCUAAUUUGAAACCAAAGGUUUCCGGUGUUUCCGAUAAAAUUGCAGAGCAGUUGGCACAGACAUCCAAUUAUCAGGCCAUUUUGGAGGGGACUGCCCAAUCCCUUGGAAUAAGCUAUCCCUCAGACUUGCAAUUAUCUCUAGAAUCACGCCGCACUACACAUAAAGCUGCCGAACAAAAACGCCGUGACUCUCUUAAACAGUCCUUUGAUGAGUUGAAAAAGGUUGUUCCUUACACAUCGUCUCUAGGUAAUGGAGCCAAGGCAGACCCGGGUAAUGGAAAGGGUGAUGGUUCUUCAAAGAACGUCAGCAAGCUGUUUUUGCUGAAAAAAGCUCAUGAUUACAUUGUAGAACUUCACAGCAAAGUCAUAGAUAAGGACGAGACCAUCCGCCAACUUCGAGAAGAACUUGCUGCCAUUAAGAAACCCAAAUCAUCUGUCAAUGUUGUUUCUCAAGAGUCUAAUAGCGAGAAAGAGAUUGAAGUGCAUAGAGCUAACGAUGAGGAUACUGUGAUGGAGGUCGAUCAGGAGAGCAAUGCGAGUGAAGGACAUGAUGAGAGUGAUGGAUGA